AUGAACCCCUCGGCGCUCCGGCGCCUCACACACUCGCAUCGAGCAUACUCAACAUCAACACCAGCAUCAGCGUCAGCGUCGGCGUCAGCAUCCACCGCCGCAGCCCGCCUCCUCGAGAGCUUCCGCAACAAGACCCUCACGCAGCACCAGAUCCUCGACGCAACCCAGCUCCGAAAGCUCUCCCUGACACUCAACCGCCCAACAAUGCAGCACCAAGACAUGCUCACCCCCGCCCCGUCCCCCGGCACGCCCGUCCCCCCAGGCCACCACCUCAUCUGCUUCACGGCCGCGAGCCCCGAGAGCGCCCUCGGCCCCGACGGCACAGACACGGUUUUCAACGCCGGCCCCCCUUCACGCGACGCACGCGACGCCGUCAGCGAGCACACGCGCCUGCUCAGCGCCGUCGCCAGAAGAAGCGCAUCCACCGGCCGCGAGAUGGUGCUCGUCGAGGUGGAGAGGCAGCUCGAGGGCCCGCGCGGCGCCGCCGUCACCGACAGACGCUCGUGGAUCUUCAGGACCGGCAUCGACGCCCACGCCGCCGGCACGAGCCCGCGCCCGCGUCCGCAGCAGACGCAGACGCGGACAUCUCGUCCGACCACCAUCACAGACAUCCCCGGCCGCAAAGGUACAAGAGGCCCCGCCCCCACGAGGACGCCAGCAGAUUCACUACGGCGCGGCUCCAGCCGCGCCGUCGAGGGACACGCCGGGCUCGUGGUCCACGGACCCCUGAAUCUCAUCAGCAUCCUCGACUACUGGGGCGACGUGCACGGCGCGGGCGGCGCCUCGCCCGGGAGCGUUGCCUACCGCGCCGUGGCUCCCCUCUACGCGGGCGACACGUGUACCAUCCGGACGGGGGCCGUGGCCGACACCGCGUGCGACAUUGUUGCCGAAAAGGACGGCGCGGCGUGUAUGACGGCACGGGUUGUAGGGGCGUCACGCGGUCGAUGA